AGACAGAGAGAAAGAGAGAGAAAGAGAGAGAGAGAGAGAGAGGGAGUACUUAUGGGGACCCUUUAAUACCAGAUAGGACAAGAUACACAUUAACAAGGAGAUUAAGAAAGCCAUGAGGAAGACUAUGGCUCUUUACACACGCUGUACACGUUCACCGCAUGCUAGUCAGUAGUUCACACCUCUUUUUUUUCCUCCUGACUAUAUAUUAAUAAUCUGUACAACUUGCUUAGAUGAAAGACCUCUGUUGUAGAGGAUAUACAUCCAUUGUUGAGGAUCAUUCUCUUUCUGGACUUCUUUUUCUUUUCUUUUUUUCCAAAUUAAGGGUAGUGUGAUAUGUGUGAUAUGAAGUGACUGGGGUAACAUAAAGAAAAGAUUUUAAUCUGAUUUAGAUUAAAAAAAAAGAAACGGUUUAUAGUCAAGAGGAAAUUUGUGAAACAGAAGCAUGGAAGCAGAAAUGGAUGUAAGAAACUCUGUGAGACAGAGGAUGGGAUACAACAUCCAGCGGGAAAUCAUGGAUGAAUUCAAAGUUGAUGAACUUGCAGAAAAAUCAGAUGUCCAGACAUCAGUGACAAAGAAAAUUAAGGAGUCGAUAAGGUGUUCUGGUCCUCGUGUGAAGAACUGCUUUCUGUCGUGUAUUCCCCUGCUGUCAUGGCUGCCACGUUACCCACUCAGAGAAAACGCUUUCGGAGACCUUGUCUCAGGAAUCAGUGUGGGCAUCAUGCACCUGCCACAAGGGAUGGCAUAUGCACUGCUAGCUGCUGUCCCACCUGUGUUUGGCCUCUACUCAUCUUUCUACCCGAUCCUUCUCUACUUCAUCUUUGGGACUUCUAAGCACAUCUCAGUGGGUACGUACGCAGUGAUGAGUGUGAUGAUCGGUGGUGUGACAGAGCGCAUGGCUCCAGAUUCAGAUUUCAUGAUUUUUAGCAACAACUCCAACAUCACUGAGAUAGACAUUGUGACCAGGGACAGUGAGAGGGUCAAGAUUGCUGCAGCUGUCACCUUUCUAUCUGGCAUCUUUCAGUUGCUCUUAGGCCUUGUCCAGUUUGGAUUUGUAGUGACGUAUCUUUCUGAGCCUUUGGUUAGAGCCUACACUACAGCAGCCUCCAUUCAUGUCAUUGUGUCCCAGUUUAAAUACACAUUUGGAAUCAGCCCGAACCGCUACAGUGGACCUCUCUCUCUUAUAUAUACGGUGUUGGACGUGUGUUCCUUACUGGGUGGGACAAACAUCGGGACUCUGGUUGUGAGCAUUGUUACAAUUGUUGGUCUGAUCAUUGCUAAGGAAAUAAAUACUUAUCUGGCACGCAAACUUCCUGUUCCUAUUCCUGUUGAGCUGUUUGCUAUUAUUAUAGCUACUGUAGUGUCAUGGCAAUUUGAUUUCAAGACUGUGUACAAUGUGGACGUUGUGGGUACAAUACCAUCAGGUCUGCAGGCUCCCGUGUUGCCUGCGUUCUCUAUGAUGGGAUCCAUGAUCGGUGAUGCAUUUGCUCUGGCUGUUGUGGGUUACGGUAUUGCCAUCUCCCUUGGCCGAAUCUUUGCUCUCAAAUAUGGCUACAAAGUCGACAGUAAUCAGGAGCUGAUUGCAUUCGGACUGAGCAACUCGAUCGGUGCCGUGUUCCAGUGCUUCGCCAUCAGCUGCUCCAUGUCUCGCACUAUGGUGCAAAUUAGUACAGGCGGAAAGACGCAGGUUGCAGGUGCUCUCUCAGCUUUAGUGAUGCUUGUGAUCUUGCUAAAGAUUGGAGAACUCUUUGAAGAGCUGCCAAAGGCUGUAUUGGCUGCUGUUAUCUAUGUAAACCUGCAUGGGAUGCUGAAGCAGUUUACAGACAUUCGAACACUAUGGAGGAGCAACAAAGUGGACAUGCUUGUUUGGGUGAUGACAUUCAUCUUCACUGUGCUGUUAAACCCUGAUCUGGGGUUGGCUGCGUCCAUCGCCUUCUCCAUGUUCACCGUCAUAUUCAGGACACAGCUACCAAAGUAUUCUCUCCUUGGACAGAUUCCUGGCACUGACAUCUACAAACCCAUUGAGGACUACAACCAGGUUACACAGAUUCCAGGUCUUGUGAUUUUCCGCUGCUCUGCUACGCUGUAUUUUGCAAAUGCAGAGAUGUAUACAGAGCACCUCUAUGAGAAGAGUGGCGUAGAUGUACCUAAACUCCUCUCACACAAGAAGAAGCUAGAAGCAAAGAGACUCAAGAAGGAGAAGAAAGAGAAGAAAGAGGCGAAACGAGCAAAAAAACAAGCAAAGGAGGAGGCUUCAGAAGUGUCAGACAAGGAGGAAAGAUAUGAGGUUGCUGUGGUUAUGAGUCCAGAGUUUGACCAGCACUGUGACCCCACUAUACCAAAGGCCAUCAUCCUCGAUCUGAGUCCAGUGAACUUCCUGGAUACAGUGGGAGUGAAAACAUUACGCAAUAUCCAAAAGGACUUUGGGGAUGUUGGAAUUAAGGUGUUUUUAUCAGGAUGCCAAAGAUGUGUUACUGACAAUUUAGAGAAGGGGGAAUUCUUCAAUGAGAAAGUCACUAAAGCAAUUCUCUUUUCCACUGUGCAUGAUGCUGUUCUUCACUGCCAAGGAGAAAACACACGGGAGCCGAAGAUGGCCACAUACUUUUGAAUCCAUCUCAUACAGAAAUUAUGAAAUGUGGUGAGAAAUAUGCGCUGAAGCUACAAAAAUAACACUAUUUUGUUAAAACACUCUUGGAAAAUGUCUGGUUUUUUUACUUGUAUAUGUCUUGUACAUCUGUCUCAUUAAUAAAUGACAAAAUGCUAUAGCUGAUAGUUUUGGUAACAUUAUUAUAUGGUAUAUUACAUCAGCAUGUUAUUAUAUGGAGACACAAGCUGCCAUUUUGAUGCAACUAAUGGACUUUACACAAAUGUGUACAUGUUAAUAAAAACUUAUAAUG